CUGAAGAGCAGGAAGGUCGCAGGUAACUUGCAUGGUUAUCGUCCCGUAUACGGUUACGGCAAAGCCAUAUAGAGCGUGCAACCGAGGAAGUUUGUUCUCCACACCAUCCGCUUCCAAGCAGAAGGUUUAGUAUUCAGGAUGAGCCAAGCACCGCCAGCCGACACCUGGCCGUCGGACUUCAUGCCAUCAGUCUCGUCCACCUCGAAACGAAAGCGUGAAUCUCAGGGCGAGAAAGGCAGCAGCAAGGUCAAGAAGUCGCGAAAAUCUUCAGGAACUGACGAAGCUGCGUCGCCGAAAAAGCAGCGACGACAGGAUAAGCAGAGGCCCGAGGCGGACUCUGGGUCCGAGGGGGAAACUUCCGCUUCAGAGGCUGAUGUAUCCAAAGACCUGGACGGAGUGCCGGCCGUGAAUGGAAAGAAGGACAAGAAACAUAGAAAGAAACAUAAUGCGGCAGACGUUGCAGGAGACACCUCGAUCGCAUCCUCAGCCGCGGACACGACUAUGGACGAAGCAUCGACCUCUGUCUUGUUGGUCAAGCGGAAAGUAUCCAAGUCAGAUCCACCACAAUCGGCCUACCAGCGAGUGUAUCCGCUCGUCUACAUGCCCAUCCCACCCGUAUGGGCCAACAGCCCAUCCAGAGCGGUUGCUGAACUGUUCGACACGAUGGUCAUGAAGUACGUGGCACAACUGCAAGGCGUGCUCAUCACACAUGAAUCAGACGACAAGUUGUUCCAGUCUGACUCGGCGCGGGUCGAUGCUGACUCGCCGUACGCCAUCGUACCCGUUGGCGUACCGUGCAUCAUCUGGAGCCCAAGAAUAGGCAUGCGACUUGAGGGGAAAAUAUCGCUCUCCUCACCCUCUCAUGUGUCACUCUUGCUGCAAGGGACAUUCAACGCUUCGAUAUCUGCACCACACAUCUCCCUGAAGCACUGGGAGUUUGUGCACGAAGAUCCUGCUAACUCUGUUCCAAGCUCGGAAGCGGGGAGCGAUGGCACGAACGACCAUGCCGAUGGAGAUGCAGACGGGCAUGCGCCGCAUUCGCUCGGGUACUGGCGCAACAAGAAAGAUGGCAGUCGUCUCGGCGGCACGUCUGGGCGCCUGGUAUUCACAGUGAUCAGCAUGACUGUUGCGAACCACAUGCUCUCGUUGCACGGCUCGCUGCUCAAACGCCCCUUCUCCGUCCCGCCACCGGAUGAGGAGGCGAAGCGCCAGCUGGCGCUCGUACCCGGCAUGGGUAGCGGAGGCCUGACGAUGGGUCCCAUGGGCGUCCUCGGCGCCGCGGGCGGUGCGAACGGCGCCGCGGGCGGUGCGAACGGCGCCGCAGGUGGCCUGGGGGGCAAACGUGUUCGUUGGCACGACGAGGCGCAGGCGGAGGACAAUGAUGACCUCGAAGGCGGGAAAGGCGGCGAACUCGAGGAGGACGAAACUGGAGUGGCCGAAGUGCCACCGCGAGUACUCGCGCCAAAGGUCUCCAAAGCUGCUCGGGGUCGCAACAUCGGCGCCGCCGCGCCGCCGCAAGGCAAGAAGAUUACCUUCUAAUGUACUUUCCCUUCGCGACGCUAUCCCUCCUUCCCGCAAUUACACGCGACACGCGGCAAAUCAUACGAAGCGUUGUCAGAAAUGGAAAGGCAGUGUCCAUGAAAUUUGCCGCGUCUAUGCCGAGCACAACUAGAAGAUACAAUGAGUGAAGCAUGGCGUAAUGCACUGUUGCUGUAUUCGG